AUGAAAAGCGCAUUUCAGGUGGAACGAUGGGAGUCCAGCUGGCUUUAUGUUGACAGUUCGCCGUUCGUUGUUCCACCUAGUCUCGAAGAGCCAUUCCUGGAAUUGGAAGAUUACUUCAAGCAGCAGAACUACCAAAAGUAUUUUGAAUACGGUUCUGGGGGUUAUUUGCGCCAACAACAACAGAUGAACAACACCAUCUUCACCUUGCUCGUUCUAGAACUUAGAGUGCAAGAAAAUCCUGGUGCUGCGCUGACUUCUGAAACUGGAAAACUGCCUGAUCUCCCCUGCGCCCCUGACCCGGUUACCACUGCAUCGACAGCAUCAUCGAUUGCUUCCGAAAAAAGCUGUCCUACUUUGGAGUUCACUUUCACCUCCCCUACAUAUGAGGUUAUGACCAUGAAAGGACCGUUGGCAGGGUGUCCCCAGUCGGGAUGGACGCCGGAUUCAGCAGUGGAUCGCCUUGAUGAUCCUGCAAUUUGGGAACAAGAGUUCGCUGGGCUUUGGUCUAUAUUUGCGCAAAUGGAGAACCCCAGCAAGACGCAGAGCGCAGCUCCCGGCCCCACCAUCUCUCAACCUCCGAACCAAGGCAUCCUUAUUGCUUACGAAGUCCAGUCUUCCGGACUACAGUCUACCUAUACUUAUCAGGCCACUUCUUUCGAUCCCAGCAAAUCGACGAUUGGGGAUCCAUGCAACGGCAAGCCGGUUGGCUGGUCGAAGCCUACCACACAGAAGUUGAUCAAAACCUACAUCACCUUGCCUGGAAACAUGGAUAUUACCUAUAACAGUAAAGCUUACACUUUCAGUGCUAACAAAUGGGACCUGGCUGGGGGCUUAUUACUCAAGAACUCGAGCGGCACCGUUGUCUCGACGUGCAAAAUGCUUCCGUCAUCGGAGCCGUCCCAACACUGUGGGGCCACAGUCAUUGAGACGCCGUGGGCAACGUGUACAUGGUACGACGGCGGAGGCCCGGCUGUGGUCUCCGCUACCGCGGUCGCUCAAGCAGGGCACGGUCUCGGUUGUAAAGAAGGACUCUAUUCCGAUAAACCCACUUGUGAGAACAAUUGUGCUGGUGGUCAAUGUACCUAUGAAUAUAACCAGGGCGGUACUAGCUCGUUUGGCCAAGCUGAUUACCAGUGCACGAGUUGUUUGCAAUAG